CAUUAAACCUUUAUUUUAUUUUUGCGUAAAAAUGCCAAUAGAAAAGUGUAUUAACCUUAAUAACAUCGUAUUAAAUCGUGUUACGAUCUUAAAAUGGAUCACAAAAUACAACAAAAUCGAUUUAAUAGCUGAUUUAAUCGGUGGGGUAACUUUGGGGGUUACAAUGAUCCCUCAAGCGAUUGCUUACGCUUCUUUAGCAGGAGUUCCCCCUGAAUAUGGUUUAUAUACGGCUUUUAUGGGAUCGAUCAUUUACGUAUUCUUUGGAACAAUCAAAGAAGUUUCAAUCGGACCAACAUCACUCCUUUCAAUCUUAAUUUUUUCAUAUACCGAUGGAUUAUCUCUCGAUCAUGUUAUUUUAUUAUGCUUUCUAAGCGGAUUAAUCGUCUUUUUGAUGGGUGUUUUAAAGUUGGGAUUUCUCAUCGAUUUUAUUUCAACUCCUGUUACAUCAGCUUUUACAACCGCUACAUCAAUCAUUAUAUUAUCCAGCCAAAUUAAAGGAUUAUUGGGGAUUAAUAUCGAUGGUAAAGGUUUGGUCGAGUUGUAUAAAAAAAUUUUUCAGAACUUGCAUCAAACAAAAAUUCCUGAUUUCUUACUUGGAUUAUCGGCUAUAUCUUUCUUAUUAAUCAUCAGGUAUAUUUGCCAAAAAAAAGUUUCCAAUAAAAAAUGGAAAAAAGCAUUGUGGUUAUUAUCAAACAGUCGAAAUGGAUUAAUUGUAGCAAUAACUUCAUCGAUAGCCUACCAAAUGAUUCAAAAUGGGAAGAGAGUCCCGUUUAUAUUAACCGGAAACAUCCCCGCGGGAUUACCACCGCUAUCAUUUCCAAAUACCACAACAAUCCAUAACAAUCAAACAAUUAAUCUGCACGAAAUGAUUUUAAAUUUGGGAAGUGGAACAAUCGUGAUUCCUUUAGUGGCUGUUUUACAAAAUAUUGCAAUCGCAAAAGCAUUCUCAAACGGUGUUGUUGAUGCAACUCAAGAAAUGAUUACAUUAGGAUUAGCGAAUAUGUUGGGGAGUUUCGUUCAAGCGAUUCCAGCUUCGGGAGCUUUUACAAGAUCCGCUGUUAGUAAUGCAAGCGGGGUUAGAACUCCUUUAGCUGGGUUCUACGCUGCAUCUAUAAUUUUGAUGGCGCUGGGAUUUUUAACACCUUAUUUUUAUUAUAUUCCGAAAGCUACUCUUUCCGCUGUUUUAAUCGCUGCAGUUAUUUUUAUGAUCGAUUAUAAAAUCGUUUUUAAAUUAUAUCCAAAACAUAAGUUUGAUUUAGUGACAUAUUCAACAACGUUAAUUCUUUGUUUAUCAUGCGGAGUUGAAACCGGAUUAUUCGUAGGAAUAAUUAUUAGUACAGGAAAUUUAUUGGUCCCUUGGUGCAGACCCAAAAUCUUACUUAACGUUAAUUCGGAUAAAAACGGGAUGAACUACAUUACCGUCAAAUUAGAAAUGGGAUUUUAUUUUUCAGCCGUUAAUUAUGUAACCGAAAUUAUUAAAAAUGAACCUAAAUCGUUACCGAUUAUUUUGGAUUUUAGUAACAUUAAGGAUGUUGAUUUUACAGCUGUAGAGGGAAUCAAAACGUUAAUUAUGAAUGCGAAGAGGAAAGUUUUAAUUUAUAAACCAAAUGAGAGCGUUCAAAAUAAGCUACAAGAUGCUCUAAUACAUCAAAAAGUGAUUUUUUAUGAUUUUGACAGUUUGGAUCAUGAUUUUGAGGUUAUGACUAGCGAG